AUGUGUCACAAGGUAGCUGAUACCAAAACCUUUGUGGUAUUUGCAACCAUUUUUGUGGUUGUUUACGGAUGUACAAUGAAAGAUUUUACGGCUUGUGCUAUACAGCUAUCCUCGCGUCGAAUUCCAUUUGAUACCAAUAUGAUAAAUGUGGUAUUCAGUCUAACAUCUGAAGCAAAGCUUUUACAUGUUUGCAGAGCCUAUAGCGAAGUAAUCCCAUGUUUUCGGCAGCGUUUACGCAUUUGUGGUAGUGAUGAGCAACAAAAGAAAUAUGAUGAAGCUGUUCGUCUUCAUUCGUUUCUCUGCUCACCAUUCUCUUUGCCGCGGCAAAAAGUCCUACUGCAGAAUGGUGACUGUAUUUUGAACGCGAUGGAAGUAGCUGAAAACUGCACUUGCAGAAUAGACGAAAAUCCAGUUUAUCAGAAUGACUGUAAAGAAAGCUACAAAGCUUGCCAAGAGAAGGAUGAAACAGCGCGUGAAGCUGCGUGUGUCACGGCAAAAAUUCGUGAGCAUUGUGGCACUGAAGCCUCUACCUUUUAUUCCAAUAUGCAUAGAGCGAUCAACAACGAACGUAUAAAUAUACGAUGCAAAUAUGAAGCAAAGACUUUGCCAACCAGCGAAACACUAAAAAGAGUUCAUAUUGCUGCAAAGAAGACUGGCUUUGACCAUGAUAAGUUUCUACUAAAUCCUUUUAAGGAUGCAACCUUAGGCAAUUACUCUAUGGAAACAGCAAUUCAUGCAACGGAAUUUUACAACAAUUUAAAAGCUAAAAAACCACUGAUAAAGUCGCUUGGUGAUGUACCAAUUCUUAGUGAACGUAACGGCAAGCUAGUACCAAAUCCAGAACUAGGCAAUCGUUUUGCUCAACUGUUCACUGAAAUGCAAUAUUAUGGAGUUCAGAAUGAUAAACCAUUUGCAGAUAAUGAAAAGGAACCAAAAAAUAAUGACACUAAAAUUCCAAAGACUGUCAAAGUUCGCGGAAGCAGCGAUGCGUUGGCUAAUAUGUUCCGACCAGCACAUAAAAACUACAAAAAAUUUGGUGAAUCGUUUCGAUUUACCAUCCCACAGCGCACUGAAGACACCAACGGGCCGAGCAAAUCGAUGAUGAACGGGCAUUCACAACCACUUUGGUUACAUGGCCGCCGAACUCAGCUUUCCUGUCCGGAGGAUCGCAGUGUCCAUUAUCCAUCAACAUCUCGCUACCCUCUAUCAGGGAAUUCUACCGUACAGCAACAGCUAAAAAAUGAAACUAGACAAACUUCAACUGCUAAAUCGACGUAUAAGCACUCAUAUCCAUAUCAAAGAACGCGGAACUCUUCAAAUCUACUGAAGUUGUUACCACGUAACGACGUCCCAAAUUACAUUACUACAUCGACUCAUCCGACUACCAAGUAUGUUCCUUGGUACUACAAAACGCAGACAUUGCAUCCUUCGUAUAAAGGACCAACAGAACCGGUCUUCAAAAAUGUAAGCGAGCGCUUUUCAGAGUAUCAGGGAUCAGCGACCGCUGCAGUAGCUUUGCCAUCUUUCUCCACAGGUAAUUCAACACUAUAUAUACAUAAAAUUUCGAAUAAUACGGUCACCUCUGCUAUUCAACUGGGCGCUACACAGUUCAGAGCUACUGAUUUAGAAACGCUCAGUACUGCUGUGCCAACUCAAGUUCCGAACCCAGAUCAGACCAGAAGGGUGUUCCCUGUAUCUGUUGAGUCCACUCUACCUGAUACAGAUAUACGUACAAAAUUUGAACAAGAACUUAUGCCCAAACAACAAAAACAACAGAUUUAUAAAGUUUCGCCAUCUGUAUAUUCCAAAAAUUUCGUGACUUCACAAACCAAGAUUUUAAUAAGCACUAUGGCACCGACAGUGAUAUCAGAUCCUAACUCACCACCAUCAUCAAUUGCAAAUUUUGUAGAAAGUUUGAAAACGCAAACAGAACAAGUUGACUUGACUCAUCUAAGGAAAGCAGCAGAUAAUUAUUUGACAUCGGCUUUAAAAAAAUUGCAAGAUAAUGCACACCAAUUUCAAGCCAGCUUAGCUGAAAGGAAUAGAAAUGCUGCCUUAAAUGAUUCAUCGGUUAGUCCAUGGAGCCAACUAAUUUCUAUCGUUGCUCCAGCAGUUGAAAAGGUUUCUCCGACAGUUUUUCAACGAAUUAAACAGGGUAUCAGUCAAUGGGCAGACGUCGAUGUUCCUGAGACUAAAACGAUAACGAGGACAACAAUUAUUGCAAAACCCAGCUGA